GAGAAGCAGGCUUUCCGUAGACGCAGCAGUGUGAGGAAGUUAUUACCGAGCAGUAACAUGAUCAGAUCGCCUAUCUACUAAGCAGGGACCUUGUUUUUAACGGCCUCAGGAUGAAGCGCCUUUACCUGGUGGAGCCAGUGGUGGCUCUGUAUGCUUUUAGCUACUUUCUCAUCUACCCGCUUGUGCCGCAGUACGUGUACAGGAGGCUUUGGGAGCAGCUGACCCACACCCCCUAUCCUGUGUCCGACAACACCUCCAGAUGUGCACCGAGCAACAGCAGCAGCAACCACACCGACUUCCAUAAGGACGUGCAGAAGCAGGCGUCUCUUUUCUCCCUUUACUCAGAGGUCCUCUCCGCCAUCCCGUCUCUGAUCAUCACCCUUGUGUUGGUCACCUAUAGUGACCGGGGAGGACGCAAAAUCAGCAUCAUCAUGCCUCUGAUCGGCACGCUGAUCUAUGCGGCCGCCUUCCUGAUCGUGUCCUUCUUUGAGCUCAACAUCUACCUCCUCAUUGGCGCUUCGUUCCUCAGCUCUUUGUUCGGGGAUAUCAUCACCUUCCUGGGGGGCUGUUUUGCCUACAUAGCGGACUUGUGCCACGACGACCGGCAGAAGACGCUGCGCAUUGCUGGAGUGGAUCUGAUGAUUGGUCUGUUGUCUGGCGUUGCUGCAAUAUCUGCAGGUUACUUCCUAAGAGAUGCAGGCUUUAACUGGCCUUUCCUCACUUCGGCUCUGUGCCAGUGUUUGAUCCUAAUCUAUGCAGUGUUUAUCCUAGAGGAGACAGUGAAAAAGACCCCUGUUGAUGGCAGUAAUUUAGACAGGCCUCAGCGCCCUGUAUUGACACAGUUGGUCUUUGGGCUGUACCAGAUCCUUGCAAGGGCGACCCCCAGGUGUAAAAGAGUCUUGGUCCUCCUGCUUUUCAUCUUCACCAGCUACAGCUUCGCCUACCUUGGAGGCACAUCAUUGGUGACGCUGUACGAGCUAAAUGAGCCUCUGUGCUGGACUGAGAUUCUGAUUGGCUAUGGCUCAGCACUGUCCACCAUGGUGUUCCUGACCAGUUUUGCGGGAGUAUCAGUGUUCACAUACUGUGGUGUUCCAAAAAUGCUCAUCGUCAUGCUGGGGAUCCUAUCUGCUGUGUUGGGAUUCAUCAUGGUGGCGUUUGCAAAGACAACAGCGCUGAUGUUUCUAGUGAGAAUCCCUAUGCUUCUGUGCAUCAUGCCUUUCCCUGUUCUGCGCUCGGUGAUGUCAAAGAUCGUCUCCAAGUCUGAGCAGGGUGCCCUGUUUGCUUCUCUUUCCUUUCUGGAGAGUUUAUUUAGUAAGGCUGGAUCUGGAGCUUUCAACAGUAUCUAUGCUGCCACAGUAGGGUGGUACCCUGGUUUUGCCUUCCUCUUAGCCGCGGGACUCCUCAUCAUUCCUUUAUCUUCCCUUGGGGCCGUGGCUUUUAUUGGAUUGGAUGUCACCACCGAACCCAGAAAGGCAGAAGAUCCAACCUCCGAGGAGGACGGCCGGGCCGAGAACGAUAACGACACCAGUCCUCUCUUCAUCGUUUCUUCUAUCAACGCCUCAGCUGCACCUUGUUAGCUUAUUUAUCUUUCAAGUAUGGCAGUAACUAACACAUUCAGUUUUCUGGGUUGUUACCACAAAUAACAUUUUAAUUUUUUGUUAUUAACUAACUGGUUUUGAUGCAGUGCUUCUUCUUGAAGGAACUUUGUUUCCUAAUUAGCAACCAGGUUUUAUUACUGAAAACAGAUCUCAUUUAAUUAAAAAAGUCAUUUAAUUGCAAUAAAUAUGUUAAGAAGAAGAAGGUAAGCUUCAUCUUUCUCAGGGCAAUACAUGUGUGUAGGUUUAUUAAAGAUGUAUAGUUAUUUCUAAAACUUCUGGUAGAUCAAUGUGUGGUGUAAUUAGCUGUUUGAUAAUUUUGCAUCAUUUCCUUGUGGUCUCUGCGUCGUGUCCUUUCAGCGUGUUACAAUUUUUAACUUUUCAUUGUUAAUGGUUUUUGAACCAUUAUU